GAUGCAAACCCCGCGAGCUGGCGGGCAGGACACUCACGCCUUGUUCCUGUGGCUGGCCGGCCGGACGAGCGCCGGCAGCUGCUGGCGCAUUGGGCUGUGCCAUCUUCCACAGCGUGUGCGAGACAGUAUAUUCGGGGGCUGGCGGGAUCUUGAGAUUGCGGAGGACAGAUCGCGCGUGCUGUUGGGGCAAUGCGGGGAUGCCGAACAGCGGACUCGCUGAUCGCUCCGCUACUGAUGGUCACAAGAUAGCAACUCGUCGAACAGAAUGGCGAAGGGUACCGUGUCUAUCCUCAACGCAGUAACCGAGGAUGUCAAGCGAUAUCGGUUGUUGGAGGAAUGAAGUCGGGACGAUCUUGAUGGAGAUUGGCGGGCGACGGAGUGCAUCGCAAAAGUCUGGCACUGGCGCACUGGACCCUGGAGGCGACUGUGUGGCUGCGGGACAGUAUGGAAGUUGCGUGCUGUUCGGGCAAAUCAAUGGCCGAGGCGUCACCACGAACCCAGCACAGUGGACUUGGGACUCGUCGCGGUAGGCUAGGAAGAGGGCCGCCCGGGGCGCGAAGAGAACAGGGGGGGAGAAGUAGAAGCUCCUGCCAAAGCUGCAGUGUCAAAGUGUACCCAGCAUCCUGCCCUGGGACGGGGAUAGGUUUACCUAGAGUACUCCGUACCUACACUACAUCAAUCAAACCCCAAUCCCAGCUGUGCGUUUGUCUGGCAUUGUCGGGUUCGAUCGACAAGGUAGGUUAUUCUUCGUGUCGUACCGUGCCCACAUCGUCCGACAUCUUACAAUGCACAAGUGAAGAACCUCGUUCAACCCAAUCGACAUCCAACACAGAACAGACUCCCGUGGCCCCUUUCCCGCCCAUUCGUCAACGGCGCAGUACACACGCGAGCGGCCGUGUCGUGCCGUUGCACCGGCGGCCAAGAGAGACAUAUACGUACGUACAUAUAUUGGCUGCCUACAUUGCGUCUGCUUUCGCUCUCGUUUCUUCAAUUCCUUCAUCGCCAGGAUGAACGCCGUCAUCAGGAUACGUACCCGAUUGCGGUAAUUUCCAGAGUUCGCCAACAUCUGUGGCCGGAACCAGAUGGAUCGAUCCCCGUG